CCCACCUUUUUGCCUACCGCAGCGCUGGACCAUGCUCUUUCGGGCAUCACAGCAGGAGCAGUAGCGACAGUAUGUAUGCAGCCGCUGGACCUGAUCAAGACGCAAUUCCAAGUUCGCACCACUCCACUGGGACGUUGGGCUAGCGAUCUGGGCCGGGCGAGGAUAGAGGCGGCUGAGAGGCACGGAGCUGCUGGUGCUGCUUCUUCUCGUCCCAGCGGCUCGGAUCGCAGCAUUCCAGUCCAAAAUUCGAGACAUCUGCGACGUGCAAGGAUACCUUGGCAGAGGGUGCUGGGAGUGCACAUGGUCAAGGAUAUGAGCAGGGCUUGGUCUGAGAUUAUCAAGCGCGACGGCUGGCAAGGGUUAUAUCGGGGUUUGGGACCCAACGUGGCGGGCAACAGCGCCAGUUGGGGUCUCUACUUUCUCUGGUACACAAUGAUCAAGGACUACAUGGCGCGCCAAGAUUCGAGCGAAGGGGCCAAGAAGUUGAGUCCUGGACAGCAUUUGCUAGCUGCCAGUGAGAGCGGCGCAAUCACUGCUCUCAUGACGAAUCCAAUCUGGGUGGUCAAGACACGCAUGUUCACCACCUCUCCCAGCGCCGCUGCCACCUCUACUAGUGUGUCUGCCAUCUCAGCAGCCAACCCGACCUCUACACCUUCUCCAUCCAUUUCAACCGCCCACAGCGCAACACCCUACCGAGGCUUGAUGCAUGGCCUGCGGGAAAUAUGGAGGUACGAAGGUGUAAGGGGUCUCUACAAAGGUGCUGGAUUGGCAUUGUUUGGAGUUAGCAACGGCGCUAUACAGUUUGUGGCGUACGAGGAAGGGCGAAGAUGGAGGAGCGACAAAGCUAGAAGGAGGGCAGCGGCCGCCAGUGGCAUCCGGAGCAGCUCCCCCACUGCAUCUGGACAGCGCGAGAAUGACCUCGUCAAAUUGAGCAACACCGAGUAUGUCGUCAUCUCGGGCCUCUCGAAAUUCCUCGCCAUCGUAAUCACCUAUCCGUAUCAGGUCAUUCGAUCGCGCAUCCAAAACCAAGCGACGUCGCACAUCUACACCUCCAUUCCGACGUGCAUAAGACUGACAUACACUCAGGAAGGAUUGGGAGCCUUCUAUCGCGGCAUGGCCCCUAAUGCCGUUCGCAUUAUUCCAGGAACUUGCGUCACCUUUGUCGUGUACGAGAAUAUGAGCUGGGCGCUCAAGGGAGCGGCUUCUAGACGC